UCUGUUGAAUCUACGAAUGUUUUUGGGUAUACAGAGAAUAAUUAUAUGAAGUCUGCUAGAACUGGUAGUUCUUGUGAUGGCUUUCAGGAGGAUAAGAUUGAUAAUAAGAUAAAAAGUGAGAAUUAUCAAGAAAAUGCUACAUAUGGUCAUUAG